CCAGGUUCACUUCAGCGCGCGACGAUAAGACCAUCUGCAUCAUUGGUGCAGGUCCUUCAGGUCUUGCCGCACUGAAAACGGUCUUAGAUACCGAGCAGUACAAGUCCGGGAGCUACAAGCCCACAGUAUUCGAAGCUCGAGAUCAAGUCGGCGGCAUAUGGGAACCCUCGGAGCCUGUGGACGGUCAACCUCCCCUUUCGGCCAUUUAUGAUUCUUUGACGACCAAUCUCCCUCACCCCGCGAUGUCGUUUACAAGUCUCCCAUUUCCCCCUUCAACCCCGCUAUAUCCUGUCGCUCGUGUAGUUGAGGAUUAUCUCCAAACAUAUGCCAAGCACUUUGGUCUUAAUACUCAUAUCCGUCUACGAACUACAGUCGUUUCACUGCAGUUCGACUCGGAGAGUUCUAAGUGGAAGGUCAUGUUAUCCACUGGAGAGACGCACGACUUCAAUUGGGUCAUCGUAUGUAAUGGCCAUUAUAGCAAGCCCCGUUAUCCUGGCACUCCCGGUCUCUCGAAAUGGCUGCAAGAAAAGCGGGCCUCUCAUUCAUCGUGGUAUCGACGUCCACAGAACGUCAGUGGAGACAAGAUUCUGGUUGUUGGGAACGGACCCAGUGGAAUCGAUAUCUCUGCUGAGCUUAGCAGGCAUGUAAAAAUCCUUAUACACUCCAUAACGGGUGGAGCGGGAGAAGAAGACGGCAAUCUGAUAGUACGGCCUCAUGUUGUACGUUACGAAGCUGACGGAAGCGUCCUCUUCGAAGACGGAUCCAAAGAGGUUGGUAUCGACCACUGCAUCCUCGCUACGGGGUUCGAGAUGUCUCUUCCGUUCUUUUCAGACGAAGAUCUUGUACUCCGACUCCCGCCAGCAGUGCCUCCACUUCCGCGAGAGUUGUACAAUUCUACGUACCACAUUUUCCCCUUGGCACAGCAUCUAUUCCCUUUGCAAUCCCGCUUUCCUGCAACCACGAUUGCUUUCUUGGGACUUUUGUUAAAAGUAGCCCCGUUCCCAAUCGUUGAAGCCCAAGCACGGGUAGCGCUUCAUGUAUUUGCCCAUCCGCUCGAACUAGACUUGGCUGAAGAGGCCACUGAUAUCGUGACGCGGUAUGAGCAGAUCCGAGCCGAGCUCCGUACCGAAGAUCUGUUGGCAAUUGCGAAGGCCUGGCACAUAUUCCAGGGCUCAGAACAGUUCGAUUACCGCGAUAAAUUGUACGCAUAUACAGCUCCGAGCUUCGGAGGAGACCCAAUAGUGGUUCCGCAGUGGGAGAAAGACAUGUACGACAACAAGUUGACGCUGAAGAAGGUCUGGUUUGACCUUGUGAAAGAAGGUGUGGCUGAUGACUGGGUUCGAGGUGUUGGUGAGAAUGGACCUCAGGAUUGGGUCGCUCUGGCAGAAAAAAUGAUGAAGAAGGCGAAGCAGGAACAGGGCGAGGCACUUACAUCAUAAAUCAAUUACUUCGCCGUCUGUCAAAGAAAAUUUCUCGUAAAUUUGUAGCAUUAGCUGUGCGAUUAUUCCAUGUAGACAUUUAUCGAUCCGCGGUGGCUUUUUUUUCAACGAUCGCUUCAAAAAGUUUCACCGC